AUGAAUAAAAAGGGUAAUAAAAGGCCCCUUGCCGAAUCAUUAAACGUUCCUAUAAAUUCAAAUAUUUUAAAUGAGGAUAAUGAAGAUAAGAAGUAUGUGUAUCCAAGUAUAGGGAAUUUCCCUAUAAUUAUAAAUAAUGAUAUGUUGAUAUAUGGAUAUGGAAAAUAUUUAUUGUUUUUUUGUUUAAAAGACAUGAAGUUUAUAAAAAUAAUAGAUGAUCACCAGAGUGCUAUAAGAUCAUUAGAUAAAUAUAAAGAUGGUAAUUUUUUUUUAACGACAGGAGAUGAUAAGACGAUAAUUAUAUAUGAUAAAAAUUGGUGUAAAUAUAUGAAAAUAUUACACAAAAAAAAAAUUGUUAAAGCAUAUUUUUUAAAAGAAGUUGAAGAAAGUGAACAUUUUAAAAUAUUAUUUAUUGAUAAGUAUGGAGAUAUAUAUAUAUAUAAGCCACCAGAAAAUCUUACAAAUAAAAAUAAUAACAAGUUACAAAUAAAUGACAAAGACGAUAAUUAUGAAACUGUUCAAUUAUUAUACUUAUAUGAUUCUUUAAAUGAUGUUGAAGCGAAAGAUGAAGAUAUAUUUUUUAUGAAAGAAUUUGAUCAGGAAUUUCAUGAGGAUAUAUUAUUAAAAGAUAGUGAUGAUGAUGAAAAAAAUAAAGACUCCGUUAAUUAUCACAAAUAUGAACAAAAUGAUAAUUAUGUUGAUAAUUGUGUCGAUAAUUAUGUUGAUAAUUGUGUCGAUAAUUAUGUUGAUAAUUAUGAUGAUAAUUAUGAUGACAAUUGUGAUGAUAAUUAUGAUGACAAUUGUGAUGAUAAUUAUGAAAACAUAUUAAAUGAAAAAAAUAAACCAAUAAAUAUAAAUUCAAUAAAAAAAAAAUUGGAGAUUCAUUAUGCUGAAUGUUUUAAAAAUGAGAACUUGUUAUAUCCAAUGCAUACAUGUAAUUCUAGUGUAAUUUCUUUAUAUUAUGAUGAUAAAUUUUUAAUUAUAGGAGAUAGAGAUGAAAAAAUAAGAAUUAUUAAAAAUAAAAAAAUUCAUAAAAUAUACAACUUUUAUUUAAAUCAUAAAUUAUUUAUAACAUGUGUUGAAUUAAUAAAUGAACAUAUUUUUUGUUCAACAUCAGCUGAUUGUUAUGUACAUUUAUGGAAUAUUAAAAAAAAAGAAGUUGUCGAUUCUUUAUAUCUGGAUAUGAAUUUUUUAUGUAAGUAUGUACAGUUAUCAUCUCUAUUUCCUAACAAAUCAAAUAUGGAGAAUUAUAAAUUUUUAAUUAGUAUUUUAUAUUUUCAUAAAAAAAGUUUUUCUCUCUUUGCUAUUAUCGAAAAUGUGAAAGGUCUCUUAAUAAUACCCUUAAAAGAACAAAAGGAAAAUAAUAAUGAUAAUAAUAAUUUGAUGGCCUUCGAUGAAGAAAAAAUAUAUUUUUAUGAAUUAAAAGAACAUGUGUUAUCAUUUACAUUUUUAAAUUUAAAUAAUGGGAAGGAUGUUCUCUUAUUCGUUGACAGGGAGAAAGGUUACUUACACAAAAUAAAUUUAAAUGAUGAUAAUAGUUUGUCUAAGGAUAUAAAGAUCUUUCCUCACUCUUUUUUCAACUCAACAGAUAUGAUAGAUAUUGGCCUGAUUAAUUAUUGGAAGCACACAACAAUCGAGGGGAUAAUUAAUUAA